AUGGCUGACUCGAUGCCAAGUGACGUUCACCAGGAGCAAGGCGAAAACAAAACCGGGACUACCGCUGAGCCUACCGACCAAAAUCUCCAACUUCAGGAGCAAAAUGUUGAACAGCCUGAGAGUGACGCUAACGAGCAGUUUGAGAAGGAAACCGUCGAAGACGGGCUCCAUCUCGACGAAGAAAUUACCCAGCCUGAAGUAGGUAUCGGUGCCCCCCAAGAAUUGCUGUCAAUUGGUAACAAAAUUGAGAUUACCGACGAAAACAAAAUGACUGAAUCUCAUGGCCAGGAAGCUGUUGUCCCAGAAGACAUUUCGGUUGACACGCCGCUGGACACGCCUUCGCCUCCGUUGACGUCGCUGCACCGCUGUGGGCUUACUUUGGGUCCUACGGAGUGGGGUGUCAUCAUCGGCGUACUCAUCAUUUUGUUCCCCCGAGUGGCCUGGUUCUGCGUCAAAAUGGGCUUCCGCUUCGUCAAGUUGAUCAGCUAG